AUGUCCCUCAAACCUCUCACUCCACCGCUCCGCUUCUCUACGGUGGCAUUCUCCUGUGUCGACGAUCCGUCCAACACGGAAGAUGACCCUCGUUUACACUCACAUCAUCGCGAAUCCGUCUACCGCGGAGCAUACCCAAAAACUCGCAAUCUAUACUUUCUCUCGCGGCUGCAUCUUCGCACCGUCCUCAGUCUCACGCCAAGACCUCUCGACAACGAUGCGGCUCUUCUUGCGUGGUCCUCGCAGAGCGGUCCAUCCUCUUUAUUGUCUACAUCAACGACACCUGUAGCAGAAAGGGCAGCUCAGAUGGGCAUCAAGCUGCUUCACGUGCGAUCUGAAAAGCCAAAGGACGAAAGCGGUGGUCUCACUCGCGAAGGAGCAGCGAGAGCGCUUUCCAUCUUGCUCGACCGUCGCAAUCACCCCAUCUACGUGCACUGUCUGGAUGGCGUCGAAGUGACCAGCACGCUGGUGGCUUGCAUGCGCAAGGUGCAGGCAUGGUCGAAUCCGGCAAUUCUGGCAGAGCUGGGGAGAGCUUUGCGGGACUCCAACUCUUCUGAAUGGACAGAAGUGCCGUCGCACUUGUCGUCAUUCCUCAACAAGUUCGCUCAACCUGAUGGCAUUCGUCUGCCUCCACGUAAUCAUAUUCCAUCUUGGCUGUGGCCUGCUCCGAAUCCGCUUUCAAUUCUGGCUAAUCCAUACGCUUGGGCAGUGACCUCACACAUUCAUAACCUUGCCAAUGGAAACAAUCAGAAUGGGGCGGGUUCGAGCAGCAACUCUAUCGUCGAAGGUUCCAUGUCGAGGAACACCUCACUGCCUCCUUCGUCUGAACAGAACGACAAUAUUGCUCUACCACCGAGAGUCUCUCCGCAACCAUCUAUACAUCCCCACUUGCAUCGCAAUCGACAACUUCCAAUCCACCAUCCAACCCUAAAGCUGCACUUCGAGAUUGACCCAGACCUUCCGCCCGGGCCCAGCCCUCCACUAGCAUCAACUUCAAGCUUGGCAGCUUCAACCUCGUUACAACGGCCAAUGACCCCCUCCCGGUCACUCCAUCUCCACUCCCGUACGUCAUCGCAUAACAGCAAUGCCAGUCUACGCACGCCUCCACACUCACGGCCUACAAGCCGAGCAGGCCGACCUUCUACCGGCAGCGCCCAUCCACUAGCCAGCAGAUCGGCUUUACUAGCUCCAGACGAAGACAGAGUAGCUUCGAAUGUUGCAAGAAGGGCCACCAGCGUUGCGAAAGACAGCACGACCUCUUCACUCAUCAGCCCAAGCCCCGCUUCCGCGGCUCUAAGAGCACCUGCAAGCGUCGUACCUUCAGUCGCUGCAUUCCUCGAAGACCAAGUACAAGACCAGGACGCAGCUAGCUCUUCAUCCGACUUCGCUAGUCAAGGUGCGACUGAGUCCCCAACUCGACGUACUCGAUCCAAUCUCGGCCUCAUAAACAGUAUUGACUUGUCUCCUCGAGGAGACUCGCCAUUCAGCCCAGAUCAAGUCAGGUUCAUAACAGACAAAGCUCUGUCCAGCCGCACUGGCAAUGUAGCAGACGUUGAUGAAAUUGACGUGAGCACUCCUCGUGCUCGCCCCACCACCCAUAACAACUUCAAUAUCGGAAUCGCAGGCACCAUCUUUCACCAUGAUGACGAUAUCACCGAUCAUGAAGGUCAUUCGUCCAUUAACUAUAAGGCGGCUUCUAUAAGGUCGAGUGGCUUAUUCAGCAGAGGUGAUACAAGUAGUGCUAGAAUGGCCGUGCCGUUGGAGAAGCGGAGGAUGCAGCUGGCGCUGGAUGAAGCCGACGGAGAACAGACGCCGACAAAGGCAAACGCUUUGGCUAGGAAACAGACUCUUCAAACCAACGAACAGGGUCUGACAGCAGAUCUCUCAACUCAGGCUUGGAUCGUACGAGAUAAACAAGACAAGGAGGAGUCCGAGACACGAGCUGCACAAGCUGAAGUGCAGACACUUCCGGAAAAGGCCGGCGGUACAGCUGAAGCAGUUUUCGCUAAGGACCGAUACACGGAACAGGUGACGGACGAACCAGAAGAGACUGACUCUGUUGGCCAAGUUGAAGAGAGAUCUGACGGAGACCAGGCUGAGAACGCAGAUGAACAAGCUGAAGCAGAAGAAGACGAAGGGGGAGUGAGACAAGCUGACGAAGAGGACGAAGACGAGGAAGAAGAAGACGAGGAGGAAGAAGACGAGGAAGAAGAGGACGACGACGAGGAUGAAGAAGAAGAGGACGACGACGAGGAUGAAGAAGAAGAGGACGACGACGAGGAUGAAGACGAUCUCGCGCUGGAAGCGUUGGAUUUGGAAGGCUAUUGA